AUGGCUACGGCUCAAGCUGUUGUGCUCAAGAAGCUUCCUAGAAGGGUUUGCCCCUCUCCCUCCCUGCCUCGCUUCCUGGCCUCAUUGCGCUCCUGGGGUGGAGCUGGGGCGAUCUGUGGCGGCCAGUUCUUCGACUGUGAUUUCUUCCUCUGCACGCUGGCAAUCUUGAGGGUCUUGGACGUUGUCCCCUUGUGCUUUGGCUCCUUCGUGGUUGACUUUGUGGAACUCACUGGCAUCAUCUUCUUCCUUGUCGAGGGCCUUCUGAUUGAGGUCCCUGUGUGGGGCGGCCAGUUCUUCUCCUUCGUCUACCUGAUUCUGCCCUUUGCUCUUCACAUUGGCAUUGGCAACAUGGAGUCUGCCGUUGUGAACGUGGACCAGCACAUGGAGGGAGAGGAGAAGCCGUCCCCCACAGAGAUUGCGGAAUCUGGCAAUGAGAUGGACGAGGACGUGAAGGAGGAAAUGCCGGCCGCACCAGUCAAGAAAAAGGAGAAGAGAAAAAGGGAAAGAAGGGCAAAACCUGUCUGUGUCCGUCGAGGUGAUCGAACCAAAGGGUCGACUGAUCCUCCUUCGAUCUCCGACCACGAUGAUGAUGAUGAGGAUGACGACGAAGACAUCGGUAGUCCUGCUAAGCGACCUCAUGAAGAUAGUGGUGCAAUCAAUGCUGCUGAGAUCAGAGAGUUGCUGUUCGGCCACGUUAAGGAGAUGAAACAAGCUUGGAGAUCAUUUCAAGGGCGUCUCGACAAGGUCGAAACGGUUCAGACACAGCAACAACAUGAGAUGGUGAAUCUUCGCACAAGGACUCAUAAGCUCGAGAAGGACACUGAAUCCAUGCGGCAGAUGAAUGACCAGACUAACCGCAACGUUGACCACCUCACCGAGGAAGUCAAGAACAUGAAGGUGCAGUGGGAGGAGAUUAAGUUGUCUGCUUGGCCUGCCGCUAAUGCUGUCAUGCCUCGGGACGCUAAGGACCCCAAGAACUCCGCCAUGACAUCCGACCCUUGGAGUGAGUACCUUCGUGGCAAGGGGAGAAACUUGGGGAGACAUGGAGACACUGAAGAUCAUCGUGCAGCUGCUGCUUCGUCUGCUGAUGGUGGAGGUCAGCGUGACAAAAACCCCGAUGCCCUGACCGAGGACGAAAAGCGAACAUUAGUUGUGGGAGGGUGGCUCCGCGACACUCGCCGAGCGGUCAUCGAGGAGGAAUCGGCGGCGCUCUUUGCCACAGAGAACAUCAAAAACCUGCUGGACUCCACGAAGCUCAUGAUCUAUGGUCCCAGACGCUCGGUCGGCAUGCUCAAGUUUCAACAACGAGAGGGUGAAUCCUAUGAGCAGAUGAAACACAGGAUGUGGGAGACCGUCAAGCUUGUUGCAGCUGCUAAAUACUCUCUGCCAAGCACCAAAGAAGGGGGUGAUGUGCGCACUCUCUGGGCAAGCUUUGUGAAAACCAAAUCAGCGAGGUCGAAAAGUGCCCUCGUCAGCAUGGUGAGGAGAGUUACGAUCGCUCUUGCCCUUGAUGCCAGAGAUGAACAAGGUUCUUGUGUUCAUGUGCUGAACACUCAGACGACGGCGUACGAUUGUGACUGGGGGCUGGGCACCAUUUGGUGCGGGGUGCACAAACUAGCGAGCGCGACUCACAAGGCGCCGAAAGAGGGCGAGCACGUUUUGGUCUCAGGAGGCUGGGUGUCCACAACCGCCAUCGCCCAAACUGCAGGCUGCUCCGUUGACGAGGCUAAACAAGCCUUGGAAAGGGAGCUGUGA